CGUGGCCUCCGUAAGACGGAGUAAGUAAGUUUUACUGAGGCCACGGAUUGAUGAACAAAAAACAAGUGGGGCUAGAUCAGGCUUCAAACAGACACCAAAUAGCUUGAAGUAAUCAGAAUAUAUCUACUUAGGGAGGAAAGGAAGGACGAAUUAACAGAAACAUGACAAUGCUGCUGUGCAUCUUUGUGAAUCAUCAGUUAAUUACCUUGAGCCCAAAAAUGUCCAUUGGCUCCAGCACUAAUGUUUAUUCGAUGAUACGAAAUACAGUCAAUUUCCGCAUUUUAGCAUUAUGUUGUUUGUCGUCGCAAGAGUAAGUUUGUACCAGUGGAUGGUAUAUUUCGAAUUUUCAGUAAUAUUUGAAGAUUCUCGUUUCGUGUUGAUGUUCCUUUUGGUUAAUCACUAAUUUUUGAAAAGACGUGGCUCGGUUGAGCAAAACACGUGCUUUCUGAAACAUUUUAAGAUCAAACAUUGAGCGAUUCGGUUCUUAAACGAUUAGUGAGUUUAUUGAAACCUUUGGUGAUAUUGAUUCAAAGCUAUAUCGUCCUUGGUCAAUAGUUUCUAGAAGUUGAGGCACAGAUAAUGACUUGAUGGUGCAUCGGCCAUUAUGGGCAAGUCUGAUAAUGAAGAUCCGAAGUUAAAGCAUCUUUCAAACACCGAAGUUGUAAUCACCAGCUUAACUGCAGGUGCUAUAGCUGGAGCUCUAGCUAAAACUACAAUCGCUCCUUUGGACCGAACUAAAAUUAACUUUCAAAUAAGUCAGAAAACUUAUUCCACAAAGAAAGCUUUGAGGUUUAUCGGGGAAACAAGGAGAAAAGAAGGAUUCUUCGCAUUAUGGAGAGGAAACAGCGCAACUAUGGCACGAAUAGUGCCCUAUUCGGCGAUUCAAUUUACUGCACACGAGCAGUGGAAGAGAAUACUGAAAGUUGACGAGAAUAAUGGGUCUAAUGAGAGACUGUUUUUGGCAGGAGCGUUGGCCGGACUGACCUCUCAAGCUCUGACCUAUCCAUUUGAUUUAGCACGCGCUCGAAUGGCUGUGACCCACAAAUUAGAAUAUGCUACACUUAGACAGGUUUUCCAAAAAAUUCGGGCUGUUGAGGGGUUACCAGCUUUCUGGAAAGGAUUCGUACCCACGAUGGUCGGUGUAGUUCCGUAUGCUGGAGUUUCUUUUUUCACCUAUGAUACUCUUAAAAGACUGUACAGAGAGCAUGUGAACAAUGCAUUCAUAGUUCCUCCUGCGGUUUCUCUGGUUUUUGGAGCAAUUGCCGGCAUAAUCAGUCAAAGCGCUAGCUAUCCAUUUGAUAUAGUUCGUAGAAGAAUGCAAACCGAUAUGACUGGAAAAUACCCGAAUAUGCAUGAAACAAUACUCUAUAUUUACAGGACUGAAGGAAUCCGAAAAGGUUUCUAUAAAGGCCUGUCGAUGAACUGGAUCAAAGGUCCAAUUGCCGUUGGAAUUAGUUACGCAACUUACGACAACAUUAAGGAUAUUCUUAGGACGUCGGUAGUGAAAUUUAGAACUAAUUCGUUGAUAUAGUGCCUAGCAGUGGUUAGAUCUGGUAAUACAACAAUGAACGUAGGUAAUGUCGAUUGUUUGAUGACUGAUAUAAACUUUUAAAUAAUUCCCGUUUGUUAAUUGAACGGACCUUUACAAAUGUGUUGAUUUUUUAAAGACUAUUGGAAUAUUUUUGUUGCCUUCCUAAAAUUGUCCAUGAGUUUUUGUCUACGUGUUUACAACUCUUGAUUUAAUUUUCCUAAGUGUCCGAGAUAAAAUAAAACCUGCCCAUAUUUUAAAACAACGCAAGCAAGUUUUUCAUAUUUUUUGUCUGAUUGAUAAAGUGUAAAAUCCAGUAUUUAGUUUCAUGUUGAAUUACGUGCAGUCGACAAUAACAAUUGUGUAUUAUGGUAUAUUAAAUUUGUUCAUAUUCUAGAAUUUUUAAAAACGGAUUAAAAAUUGCCUCUGAUUGCCUUUUUGCAUUCUGUUUAUAAACGUUUGCUUUUUAUUAUAAAUAAUGUGUAGACAUAUUGCUCGCGCACACCUCAAUGAGCUCAAAUGUGCACAAAAAUAGUUUCACUAGUUGAUAUAACCCUGCCCUAAGUGCGAGUUGCAACUCAAGCAUAUAGAUGAUUUUAAAUGCAUACGUUCGAAAAUCGAAUUGAAAAUGUGCUUCCAUCGCGUAAAUUAUCAGAGUUUUGGUGUUUCCACCUUAGAAGAUUUUUUAAUAAAAGAAACACAUGAGAACCUUCAGGUAGUACUUUCUGACGGUUGCAUGAUCAAAAAGGUCAAUUUUUUGCGUAUAAAUUUAUAAAAUAAUAUUAUUUGUGAUACAUUUCGUCUUUUUCAAGUGAGAAGCUUAAUUGAUUGUGCAAUUGGCAGUGAGAUUUUAUUAUCUUAUUAUAAGCAUAAUAAAUUUAGAUAUUACAAUUUUUUUAGUUUGAAAUGAAAAGGUGCAAGAUUUUUAUUUGAUCCAUGGGCCACACCGCAAAGAUUUUCUAAUAAAAUGAAACUGCUAAGCCUUUAUUAUCACAUUAAAUGGUUUCAAUGUUCUAUUAUUCGAUAUUUAUAAAACUGUUACAAUUGAUAUGGAUAUUAUUAUGUAGAUUGGCAUUUAUUCAUAUGUUGUAUAGUAAAAGUGAUGUUUCAAUGCAAGUUGCUUUGUGCUUAGAUGUUUUCUUUAGUUGUUUCUAUUCAACGAUUCAUUUUCUAGAUAUUGCUAGUCAUUCGAUUAAGCCAUGUGUUUUAAAUUACUGAAUGACCAUUAUUUUAAUUUAUAUUAUUGAUCACAGUUUUGAUUAGUUAAAGUCAUACGUUCCUAGUAGUGCAGUAAUCAGUUUAAAUGUCCAGUGCAUAACUAGAUGAAUAGUCUUCAUAAAUAUUAUUUUUUUUUAGUGUAUCAGGUUUCGAUAAUGAGAAAUUUGUGAUCAAUAAUAGAUGCAUAAAAAAUUAUCAUCCCAUUUCGGCAAAUUAGGAAAAGGAAAUACCUAUAUUAGUUUCGUUAGAAUUGAAGUUAUUUGCUUCUACUGUGCAAAAUAUAAUAGUUGUAAAUAAAGAAAUUUUAUCAGAAUUGUAAAUAGUUUAGUGACGAAAAUGUCGGAUUGUUGUAUUAAAUUGUAGAGAUAUUUAAUAUAUAUUUAUUUAUCA